UAACUUGGUUUUACUGUAUUUUCCUUUUGCUUUUAUUUGAACAGUUAGCCGUAUUUUAAUCGUUAAUAUCGAUUUACAAAUAAGUUGGCUUUAGUACGAAAUCAUGUUUUGUUAUUUUUGUGGUUUAAGAGGAGAGAUGAUGUGAUGGCCAGUCAGUUUGAAGAGAGAUCAAGUUUACAAGAAAAUAGCAUGGUGGAUUCUCCACAGAAUUGUGUGAAGUUAGAGUUGUCAGCAAGUGAAUCAAAGCCUUUUUCAAGUUUUGGUAGCGGAGAAGAAGACGGUGAAGAAUCAUUUGACGACUCUGAUGCCAGGAGAAAGCUGGAAGAAUACCAAGGAAGUACAGCGGCUGCUGCAUCCGCUAACAGAGACGGUGAAAACAGCAGAGACGGGCUCAGUGACAGUGACGAUAGCGGUGCACCACAGCAUGAGCAGCAGCAGCAGGCUGUGGAAGCAGCGGCUGAAGCUGCUGUUGCUGCCGCUGCUCCAGGAAUGUCUGCUUAUUUACAGAAUGGACAGAUUACUAACGGUCAAGAUGAUGGUGAAGUCUCCAUAGAUGACCUUCCGACCAAACUUACGGGAUUGACAGAGGCAGAUUUACAGGCUCGAAUUGCGGAAGAACAAAGCCGCAAUCAGGCUUCCUCUGGUGUCAUUGCACACCUAGACGGAUUAGCAGAACUUGCUGGUGAUCCCGAGGCCUUGCACGAGCCAGAAUCAUCCGAGAGGCCGCUGAAUGGGUUACAUGGUGAUGUGGACAAAUGAGCUUCUAUCCAAUAUUUAAGACUAGGAAUCCGAUCGUGAAUUUUCGGCUAAGAACGUUUUUUCUGCCUCAUUUAAGUCUUGUCGAGGUUUUCCUGAGGAUUUUUCUGACCAUAACGUUAAAAA